UAGUAUCAACUACUAAUUCCCCUCAACGAUAGUGUCUCCCGUUAUUCCCUUAAUGAGAAUCGUUCCACAUUUUAUUAUUCCAAAGAAUUGUUUACCAAAAUAUUAAUAUGCAAAUCCAGCAUUUUUAUAAAAUAAAUUUCCAAAGAAUAAAUAUUCAUUAAUACUUUAUUUGUAAGAAUUGUUUAUUAAAAUAUUGAUAUGCAAUUCAACAUUUUAUUCCAGACAAAUUUCCAAAGAAUUGUUUACUUAAAUAUUAAUAUUAGCCUAAAACUGUAUUUUCUUUUCUGCUGCAUUUCCGACAACGAAAAUGCAGCAAUAAACAGAAUUUUAGUAUAUAAGCCAGUGAAAAAUAAAGAAAGCAAGUUAUAAUUCCAAACCACACCAAACGUCUUUUUUUUUAGUCAAAGUUUUUUCCGCAAAUAAAAGUGGCGCAGUCGGUAGGAUACCGCAAAGUCCUAUCCAACGUAUAAAAAUAAUAAAACAGAUUUUAUUGUGCGCGAUAGAACUAGGAUUUUAAUCCUUAGUGCGGUAUUCGAAAUAUCCUUUAUAAGAUUAAAGGAUACACAAAUUUUAUGAAGGAAAAAAAAUAAAAAGGAUAUUAAGAAAUAUCCCUGUGACUAAAAAAAUAUUAGUGGAACCAGAAAGGAUAUAAAGAUCUAUCCUUUUGGUGAACAUCCUUGUGUCAGAAGGAAACCUAGUGAAAAAAAAAAAAAAAAAAAGGAUAUUAAGAAAUAUCCCUGUGACUAAAAAAAUAUUAGUGGAACCAGAAAGGAUAUAAAGAUCUAUCCUUUUGGUGAACAUCCUUGUGUCAGAAGGAAACCUAGUGAAAAAAAAAAAAAAAGGGAUAUUCCUUCAGUGGAUUAUAAACUUCAAAAAAAACAACAACCAUAAUAUAAAGACUGAUUAAAACUAUAUUAAACAAAAAACAAGAAAAAAUAACCAAUACAACAACAAAACAAAAUAAAAUUUAAAAUACGGGUCUAAUACAAGCAAACAACAACAAGGAGAAGUAAUAAAACAACAGCAACUAUUGGAGCAAUAUUGUAAAGAAAUAACAUUACCAACAAACCAAUAAGGAACAGUUCAUGCCGAGAACUGCACCGUGGAAGACCCUACUACUAAGAAGAAAGUAAACCUGCAAUCCUUAGCACCAACAACCAAAUUACAAAAUGAUUAACUGGAUCAUAAUAAUGGUUGCAUUUACUACAGCAACCAAGGCCCAAACCCUUGACAUACAAGACUUAUCGAACAAUAAUGGUUACAUACCGAUAAAAACAGGAGAGACCAAUACCGUAGAACACUACAUAAAAGUACUGCACAUAAUAAACACUACAGAAUUCGAACGAACUAUGGAGAUAAUUAAAACCAACAUUGACACCCUAAAGACAUCCAGUAGCGAAUCAAAAACAUUAAUCAGUACAAUAAACAAGAACUUUAUGCUACUAAAAGCGAAAAUAGAAAAUCUUAACCCACAUUUUAGAAAGAAACGGGCACUCUUAAACAUUAUAGGAAAAGGCUUAAAAAUGAUUGCAGGUACAAUGGACAGCGAUGAUGAAGAACAAAUAACUGAAGCUCUCAAAUCUCUACAUUCGAACGAAGAAAACCUAACUAACAAAAUGAACAAACUAACUUAUAUAAACAAUGUCAUGAACUCCCAAAUCCAGAACAUAACUAACCAUAUAAACUAUCAGCAAAACAUUAUCGGGGACUACUUAGUCAAAUUCAAGAAUAUUAUAGGGAAUAAAAUUUCAACCAUAGAGGACGAGAUAACAUUUAUAGAACACAUAUACCAGAUUAACAACGACAUCUCACUCCUACGGCAUCACGUAGACGACAUAGGACAGAUUAUUUUCUCCGGGAAACUGGGAAUAAUUCCCACAGAUAUUCUCACCCAAACAGAACUCGAUUUAAUCACAAGCUUUGACAGCUAUACCAAUAUAAAAGUAGCCAUAGCACGUAAUGAAGGGAACGUUAUAAUAAUUCUCUCUAUACCACAAUAUUCCCAAGAUUCACUAUCCAAGGUAACAUUCGUACCCAUUCCUGACAAAAAUAAUAAAUCCAUAAUGGUUAAUCAUUCUGAUGUUCUUAUAGAUUUAGAAAGAAAUAUUUAUAGCACGUAUAUUAAAGAUAACCUAAAAAGAAAUCUUAUAAAAAUUAAUGAUAAUUGUUUGAACAAUAUACUAAACUUUGAAGAAGCUAAUUGCAAAACGCAAACAUUAAAUACACAAGAAAUUAGCGAAAUAAUUCCAGGAGUAUUAAUCCUUAAACACUUUAACAGUACGAUAUCACAUAAUUGUAACAAAGAUAAAUUAAAAAUUUCAGGAAAUUACUUAAUCAAAUUCGAAAAUUGUGAAGUAAACACGUUAAACAAAACCUUUACGAAUUUUAAAAUAAAAAUACAAGACAAGUUUAUCCUACCUAACCUUAUAACAAAAAUUAAAGAUACCAGUAACACAACACUUGCAGACAUAAAACUUGAAAAUUUAUAUCUAAAACAAAUAGAAUACGAGGAAACACUGAAACAAGUACUAUAUACAGAUAAAAACUCAAAAAUAAUUGGCUAUAGUAUAGAUAUUUUAAUCGGUACAUCAAUAUGUAUCUUAAUUAUAUUUAUAUAUCUCUUUAAGAAUAAACAAACCUAUGUUCCAAAUGUACAAUUAAAAAACCAAACUAUUAUAAACAAUCCGGCAAAGAUAAUAUAAUUUCGUCGGAGCCUCAAACUAAGGGUGGGGGUGUUAUAGUAUCAACUACUAAUUCCCCUCAACGAUAGUGUCUCCCGUUAUUCCCUUAAUGAGAAUCGUUCCACAUUUUAUUAUUCCAAAGAAUUGUUUACCAAAAUAUUAAUAUGCAAAUCCAGCAUUUUUAUAAAAUAAAUUUCCAAAGAAUAAAUAUUCAUUAAUACUUUAUUUGUAAGAA